GAAACUGGGGGAAGGGAGGGUAAAUAACGUGGUGGAGUCCAGAGGAACUCGCUGGGUCCCUCACCGGCCAGUGUCGUGAAUCGAGUUGAUUUACGACACGCUUCCGGCUCAGCAUAGUUUUACGGCUCCCGUCCUCUUCCCGUGACUGAGCUGAGAGUGACUUACGCCGGUGCUAGGGAGAACGGCCUUUUAUCACUUCCGGUGCGUUGCAUCGUGGGAACCUGGAGGGGCGUUGAGGUCAAUCGGCGAGAGACCGCGAAUGAGGAAGCGCAAGUCCCGGCGCGCUUGCGCGAUAGCGGAGCGGCCUGUAUAAGUCCCAGCGCAGCCGGAAACGUUGGAGUCGACAGUCUGUGGGAAGCUGUAGUGGUUCGUGGAAACAGCUAAAACAUGGCCAAAAUGACUAAUUUGGAAGAAGCUGACGUACAACUUUCUGAGUUAGACCUACUUUCUAGUAUGUUUCCUGAUGAAGAUGAGUUUAUUGUGACUGAUCAGCUGGCUGUAGCAGAACUAAAACAUUAUAUUGAUAAUAAGACGUCAGAGAUCCCAUCUUCAAAAGUUCAGUUUAUACUGAAUGUAAAACAAGAGGUUGCUGAUGCCACUAUGGUAAUGCUUUCUUUAUCCUGUGCUUUACCACUUAACUACCCAGCUGUUCUACCAGAAAUUACUGUCAGGUCACCAUCAUUAAGCCGAUCACAGCAGAUUCAGCUGAACACAGAUCUAAAAACAUACUUGAAGCGAAACUGCAGUGGUGAGGUCUGUGUAUUAAAUGCAAGAGAAUGGGUUAAAGAUCAUGCAGCUGCUUAUAUCGAUAAUGAGCUUUCAUCUUCUUCAGUGACUACAUUGAGGACUAUGCAGUCAGAAGAUGUCAUUUUCACUAGAUUAUGGAUCUAUAGUCAUCACAUCUACAACAAGCAUAAAAGAAAGAAUAUUGUUGAUUGGUCUAAGGAGCUUGCUCUGACGGGGUUUAGCAUGCCUGGGAAACCAGGUGUCAUUUGUGUAGAAGGCCCACAGAGUACUUGUGAAGAAUUCUGGUCAAGAGUCAGAAGAUUAACAUGGCGGAGAAUUUUAAUUCGCCACAGAGAGGAUAUUUCUCUGGAUGGAUCACAUGCUGAGAUGCAGAAACAAAGAAAAUUCUCAUCUUUUGAAGAAAAAGUAUUUGAUGCGCAUGGUGCCAGAGGAAAUCAUAUGGAUCUGGGGCAGCUCUAUCAUUUUUUAGAUGAAAAGGGGUGUGGUGAUGUUUUUCAGAUGUACUUUGGAGUUGAAGGAUGUUAGAUCAGCAAGGAUCCAAUCAAUGAACUUGAAAAAUUAUGUGACAGUCUUGGAUAAAUUAUUCUUUUUCCCUCUGAAAUAGUUGAUCAGUGAGGGGAAUGAUUACUACUGCUUUAUAAGAUGAAUUCAGUUUUCCAUGAAAAUGAAUAAUGGUCGUGAAAAUGACUAUAUGAAUGCUUUAAUAUAAAGAUAUUUUUAAGGGAAAGAUAUAAUGAUGCUAAUGACAAAGACAACAACAAUAAACCAACAACAGCUUUUUGAUAGAUGCUGCAUACUAUUUAUAAUCUGAAUUAUUAAAAAUUCACCUUGGAGAGGUUGAUUAUAUCUAUGUAAUAUAGUAAAAAAGAUCCA